AUGAUGAUAAGAAAUCAGUGUCUAAAAAAAAUUAAGACCAAUUAUGCAUUACGAAUUUGUUUGAAAAAUAUAAAAAGAUAUUCCACAACAAAAGAGAAGAGUUACAUUGAUGUGCAACCAAAUGAUGUUAGUUUUAUAGACAUAAAGAGUAUUAAAAACAAAGAAGCUUUAAAAAAAUUUUAUUUAUUUUACAACAAAAAAAAGUUAAGCGAUAUAUAUAGUGAUUAUAUUUUUUUAAUAAAUAGCCAAUUUAAAAAUACAUGUGAUGAAAAUGAAGUAAAGGAAUGUACAGCCAUUUUGAAAUAUGUAGCAAAUUCUAUAACAUUGAUACAAUUUAUUAGCUCAAAGAAAAAUUAUUUAAAUAGUGGAAAUAGUAAUGGGUUUUCUAGAUAUAAUGAAACACAACCAUAUUAUAUACACAAUAUUGAAAAGACAAAUAAAUAUAAAGAAGAACAUAUGAUAAAAAUAGAUGAAAAGAAUAACUUGAAUUCUAACUAUUUUUUUUCAAAUAAUCUAUAUAAAUUUAUUUCAAAAUUAAAAAAAUAUGAUAUAUGGAAUUAUAAGGAAAAAUGUAUUAACAAACGAUAUAUGAAUUAUCAUAUGUUAUUCCCAAUAGUAUAUCAAGAUUUAAAAAAAUAUGAACAAACUGAUAAUUUACAUAAUGAUAAAAAUAUUUAUCUCUUAGAUUGUAAUAUAUUUUCAUAUUAUAUAAGUAAAAAAAACAAAAAUGAAUUUAUAGAUAUCAUUAAAAAGGUUAAUUAUAAUUUAUUAACCCCACAUGACAUCAAAAAUAUUUUGAUAUUGUUAUCUAUAUUACAUCAUAAUAAUAUAUCUCUUUCAAAUAAUAAAGAAAAUAUCAUAAAAAAUAACAAUCACAAUAAUAAUGGAAUGAAUGUGAUAUAUAAAAAUAAAGAAUAUAUAAAUAAAAAGAUAUUUAUUGACAUAUUUAACAAUAUAUAUAAUAAAUAUAUUUUUUCAAAAGUUAAUAAAAUAUCAUUUUAUUAUUUAUAUGAUUAUAUUUUAUUGAUGUGUAUAAAUGAAGUAAAAAAUGGAGAGGCAUACACAAAUAUUGUAAAUGUAUUAUCGAAUUAUAUGAAUCUAAUAAAUAAAAUAAGUAACAAAACUCAAGGCGAAACUAGCGUAACAAACAUCUUAGGGAAUGAUAAUGACAUUAUAUCUUAUAAAGAUGAAAAACAUUUUACAAAUUAUACUGAUUCAACUAGUGAAAUAAAUGAAAAUUCUAAUGAUAUAUUUACUGAAAUAAAUUUAUCGAAUGAAGAAACUGAUUGCAAUUAUCCUAUAUUAAACAAAGAACAUUAUAUAUAUAUAAAAAAAAAUUUGGUAAAAAUAAAAAAAAAAAUAAUAAAUAAGCUACUUUUAUUAUAUAUUACAAAAUAUGUAUAUAAUCAUAUAGAUAACAAUUUAUUAUAUAGUCAUUCAGAUUUAAUAUGUGAAAAUUUAGAAUUAAUUCCUCAUUAUAUGAUAACUAAUUUUAUAUUUACUAUUGGAACAUGUAAAUAUAUUGAUGAAUUUUGCAUGUUUAUGUUAGCUAAAUAUGUACAAAAUAAUAUAAAUUUAUAUAAUCCCAAUGAAAUUGUUAUAAUAGUAAAUACAUAUGCAGAUGCUGCAUUAGAAGAUGUUAAUUUUUAUGAGACAAUUUGUAACUACAUAAAAUCUAAUCUUAAAAAAUUUUCAUCUUUUGAUAUUAUUAAAACAUUACAUGCAUUUUCUAAAGUAAGAAUACGAGACGAAGAAUUAAUUAAAGAAUCUUAUAAAAAAAUUAAUAAUUAUUUGGAUAAUCGAGAAAAACAAUAUAAUGUAGAUAAAACAUUGAAAUAUAUGACUGAAAAAGAAUCUAUAUCUACAUCACAUUGUAAAAUGUCUCAAUUUGAUAAUAACAAAAUAAACAAAAGAAAAAAUUAUAUUUUAAAUAAAUAUUUAUGUGCUUAUGCAUUAAUUGCAGCAGGAAAAUUAGAUUAUUUUAACCAACUUGACAAAUUAUUUAUUCACUUGAAAGAAAGUAUACAAAAUGAAGGUAUUGAUAUAAGAGGAAUAUUAUGGAUGCCAAUUGCUAUUACAAGUUUUUUAUGUAUUGAAAAUAUAUUUUAUUUUAUUCCUAUAUAUAUAGAUUUAAUUUAUAAUGCUUUUAAAAAAACACAAUCACCCAAAUUAUUAUCAUUACUUAUUAGAAGACAUAGUAUAUUAUUACACACAAUCGAAACUGAUAUUAUUCCAAAAAAAUAUUUUUCAAAAGAUACUAUAAAUAAAUUAUGUUUUAUUUGUAAAAGUAAAAAAGAUAAUUCAAAAGAAAAGGUGUUUGUUCCAGAUAGUUCAACUUUUCAUAUUGAAGUUUCAAAUGCUUUAUUAUCAUUAGAUAUACCUCAUAAAAAAGAAGUUAAUAUAUAUCCAUUUACCAUUGAUAUUUUUAUUAACACACCCCAAUAUUUUGACAAAAAUAAAACAAAAGAAAUAUAUGAACAAACGGAGAGUGUUCAUAAUACUUUUAACAAAAUUAAUUCAAUAAAAAAAUCUAAUAAAUUAGUAUAUGAUGAUGAUACAAAUUUUGAGCACACAUUUGAAAAUAAAAAAGCUAAAAAUAAAAACAAAAACAAAAAUGAAGUAUAUACGGAUGUUCCAUUUGUGUAA